AUUUGCUGCCCUGCCUCUAAUUACUGCGCGCUCCCGCAAUAAACACGCCGAAAAAGUAGGCUUGGCCAAACUCCCAGAACUUCACUAAUCUACACAUCAUCUCCUUCCUUUUCCCAGACAAUAUUGAUCAACCUCGGGCUUUACGUCAGUAUUGAUAACUUUACCAAGACACGACCAGUUAAUGUUACGGACAGAGGCACGAAGAGAUUUUAUUUUUAAUUGUAAAGAUUCCAAGAAGGCGCGGGCUGUGCGCCAAAUACUCCACUUUCUCUUUUUCUUCUUUCUUUUCUUUUUUGUUCUUUUUUUUAAUUCAACUUCCUUUCACAAUAAACAUGCUGCCGGACUUGUCAAACACAUCGGAGGACUUUGACGUUAAGUCUGCAGCUUACUUUUUCUAAAAGUGGGACCGGGGAUCGCAGCCGUUGUUUACCGGUUGGGAAUCCAGCCCACAUAUUUAUUGCAGCCGCUGAAAAAAAAUCUCCUCAAUAUCCCCCAAGAUGGCCGCCGAUGUAGGAUCGAUGUUUCAAUAUUGGAAGAAAUUUGAUCUACGGCGGCUCCAGAGGGAGCUAAACUCUGUGGCGUCUGAGCUGGCAGGUCGACAAGAGGAGAGCGAACAUUCCCACAAGCACCUGAUAGAGCUGAGCAGGGAGUUCAAGAGAAAUGUCCCUGAGGAGGUUCGGGAGAUGGUGGCACCUGUUCUCAAGAGUUUUCAAGCCCAGGUGGUUGCUCUGAACAAGCGCAGUAAGGAGGCAGAGUCUGCAUUCCUGGGAGUCUACAAACAGCUUAUCGAGGCUCCAGAUCCAGCUCCGGUGCUGGAGGCCUCCCAUUCCCUGGAGGAGAGACUGCAGCAGCUUCAGAGUUUCGCCCCGGACAGUGAAGCGCUGGUACGGGAGAUCAGCGGGCACUGGAAGAAACAGCUGCAGUGCCUUGAAAAGACAGAGCCUGCAGGGGAGUGUCUAGCAGUUACAGCUUUGACAGAAAAGACACCAGAGGCCAGACCUCCAGCCUCCCUGAUGACCCCCAACAGCACACCGGCUCCUGGGGCCCCAAGCUCUCCCGGCCAGGACUACUCAAAUCAAGGGGAGGAGGAGGAGGAGGAGAAGAAGAGCACUGAUGUCGGCUCGGCUGACAGACUAUCAGAGGCCGAGGAGAAGAUCAAAGUUCUGCAUGCAUCCUUGAGUGCAGCACAGACAGAGCUGCUGGACCUGCGUUGUAAAUACAACCAGGAGAUGGCAAACAAGGCUGCUGAAAUCGAUGCCAUGAUGGCAAACCUUGAGAAGGCAAGCCAGAGAGCAGAAGUGGCCCAGAGGGAAGUGGAAAGGCUUAAGGAGCAGUUAGCCAGCGGUUCUGGUGCCACUGCAGCCAGCUGCCUACCAGAAGAGGGAGCCAGCAGGGCUAAGAACGGCAAGGUCGACACAUUGCCUUCCCAGCUGGAGGCCACUUUGUUGGCCAAAGACCGCGAAAACCUCAGACUUCUUGAAAAUAUUCAAAGGCUGCAAUUUGCACUACAGGAAGUUCAGGAAACCUCGGCCAAUCAGAUAUUGGAGCUUGAGCGGCAGCUGGCGUACAAGACAGAAGCUAUUGAGAGAUUAGAGGCUAAACUACAAUCCCAGAUGGACUAUGAAGAGAUUAAAACUGAACUCAGCAUCCUAAAAGUUCUGAAACUGGCUUCUGCAAACGGCAGCUCGUCCCAGGAUUCUGCCAAAGCUGCUGAAGCUCUUCUGCUGGAUAAAGAGGCCUUUCUUCCAUCUCACAAGUACUUACUGGAGAAGACCAGAGUAUUGCACAGCAAUGGUAGUGACCACUCCGAGGAAGUGGGAAGAGAGAUGGGCAGGCCACCUGGCUCUCACUCUUCUUCCUCUCAGGCAGACAGUCGUGCCUCCCCCAGCCCAGGUCUUCCCCCCCUGGACGGCUCCUCUUCCAGCCACGAUCUCCCCCGCCCUUUCUCUGUGUCGCCGUGCUCUGGGGACCGACUGUCAGGGGACCACAUUCUUCACAAGCAGCUCCUCUCUCCGCAUUUCAAAAAGGAUGGCCUCAUGGCUUUCCCCACCGCACUCUAUGCAGCCAAAGUUGCACUCAUGUCAGCCACUCAAGGGUCCGCAGGUGUGGGCAGCGGCGACGCCAGCCUGCCAAGUGACCAGUCAGAAAGUGGCAGCUCCACUGCAGGAGAUGACGACCAACUGGACACAGCAGAGAUUGCCUUUCAGGUGAAAGAGCAGCUGCUGAAGCAUAACAUUGGCCAGCGAGUGUUUGGCCACUACGUGCUGGGUCUCUCUCAGGGCUCAGUCAGUGAAAUCCUGGCAAGACCCAAGCCCUGGAGGAAACUAACAGUCAAAGGGAAAGAACCUUUUAUCAAGAUGAAGCAGUUCCUCUCUGAUGAACAGAACAUUCUGGCCCUCAGAACAAUCCAGGUCAGACAAAGAGGGAGCAUCACUCCACGCAUCCGAACUCCUGAAACUGGGUCAGACGACGCCAUUAGGAACAUCCUAGAACAGGCCAAGAAGGAGAUCCAGUCUCAGAGGGGAGGUGAUGGCAGGUCCUCUUUGCACACCUCAUCUGGCAGGAACAGCAACGGCGCAGGAAGCAGCUCAGAUGAAACCAUUAAGAACAUUUUAGAACAGGCUAGAAGGGAGAUGGAGGCUCAGCAGCAGGCCUUGAUGGAGAUGGAGGCCUGUGGAAGGGCCUCCAACAACAGUUCAGGAAUCCAAGUAGAACGUCUGGGGCCACCGGAGCGAUCCAGGGUUUUCCCUUUACCCAUCUCUGUCAAACAGGAGGAAGGGGGCUGUGUUACAGUGUGCAUGGCCAACUCCAUCAGCAGCCCCCAAACACCUCUCAGCGUUCUUUCCCCAGCUGCUUUUGUUCAGAACAUCAUCCGUAAAGUUAAGUCUGAAAUCGGUGAAGCAGGAACAUACUUUGAUCAACACUGGUCUCAGGAGCGGGGGUCCAUGGUCCUCGGUGGAGGGAAUGGCUCCCAGCCCUAUAGUUCUGUGUCUCCCUCUCUUUCCUCCUCUUCCUCCGGGCCUCCUGCCAUGACCCGGCCCUGGCCACGCCUUGAGAACGGCGAGGGCCUUCCCAACAGUGAGGAGGCCUCAGCUGCGGAGGAUGAGCUGGGCCGGCCAGUGGAGGUGGAGGUGAAGGUGGAGUCGGACACCUCAGUGAGCGGGGAGUCCCCGGGCCCUGGACGCCUUUCCUACUACCCCGCAUAUAUUCCUCGUGCACUGAAGCCCACCGUGCCCCCGCUGACCCCAGAGCAGUAUGAGAUGUACAUGUAUCGGGAGGUGGACACUAUAGAGCUGACCCGGCAGGUGAAGGAGAAGCUAGCCAAGAAUGGCAUUUGCCAAAGGAUCUUUGGUGAAAAGGUGCUAGGGCUCUCUCAGGGCAGCGUCAGUGACAUGCUGUCUCGACCCAAACCCUGGAGCAAGCUGACCCAGAAAGGCAGGGAGCCCUUCAUCCGCAUGCAGCUGUGGUUGCUCGAUCAGCUCGGCCAGAGCCUCAGUCAACCCACAAACCAAAGCCACACUCAGGAUAAAAGCCCAGUGACAGCCCAGGCAUCACCUUCCCCACCUCCUAGCCCAGCAGAGAGCCACCCAAGUCCUCUAGCGGAGCCUGCAAGUCUCUCUCUGGAGAGCAGCAAAGAGAACCAGCAGCCAGAUAGUCUAGUAAUUGGGUUGCCCACCCACCCAGAGGGAGGGAAGUCCACCUCAAGUCUCAUGACACUACAUCAGCCCACAAACCCACUAGGAAUUCAAGAGCUGGUGGCCAUGUCCCCAGAGCUGGACACUUAUGCCAUCACCAAGAAGGUCAAGGAGGUGCUAACAGACAACAACCUGGGCCAGCGCCUUUUUGGAGAAACCAUCCUGGGUCUAACUCAAGGUUCAGUGUCCGACCUGCUCUCCAGGCCCAAACCUUGGCACAAACUCAGCCUAAAAGGCAGAGAACCGUUUGUCCGCAUGCAGCUUUGGCUCAACGAUCCCCACAAUGUAGACAAACUGAGGGCCAUGAAGAAGAUGGAAAAGAAAGCUUAUCUAAAGAGACGGUACGGGCUGCUGAGUACCGGCUCUGACAGUGACUCGCCCAGCACUCGUUCGGAGUGUGUGAGUCCAGCCUCAGCUUCUCUGGACUUGUGCCCGUUCAACCAGGUGAAGAAACCGCGGGUGGUGCUUGGAGCUGAAGAGAAAGAGGCCCUGAGGAAAGCCUAUCUGCUGGAGCCCUAUCCCUCUCAAAACACCAUUGAGAUGUUGGCUUCACAGCUCAGUCUAAAAACCAACACUGUUAUCAACUGGUUCCACAACUACAGGUCCCGGAUGCGACGGGAGGUCCUGAUGGAGGGUCUUCCAGACAAUGACACAGAUGUUGAACACCACAGCUAUUCCCCCUCAGUGACAAGGAGCCCUCACUCUGAUGGGGAGGAGAAGAGGCUUCAGCAGCCCCCAGCACGCACGCCCUUAAUCUUAAAUCCCUGCACCAACGCUGGAUCCCCUCAUGUCAAACAGGAGGCAGCAGAAGGGGAAGACAAUAGAGAAGGGGAAGAGGCUGGCUUGAUGAAGCUAUCAAGAGAACAGCGUUUUUCCUCAGCAGUGUCACUCCCUCUGUUAAAGACUGAGCAUGAGCACUCCAUUACUGACUGUUGUGAGGCCAACUUGGCUGGCCAAAGCCUGAAGCAGGAAGACGGGGUGAGCAGUCCGGUUCAGGGGCUCUACCCUAGUGCUGUUUCCGUGGAUGGUCCUCAAAGAGCUAAGCAAGCUAGGCAAGAAGGAGAAGAAUCUGUGAAGCCAAGUGUUGAUCCAGUCAGCUUCAAAGCUUCAUCAGAACCCUGCCGGAGCAGCCUAGAAGUUUCCCUCAACUCCCCCUCUGCUGCGUCGUCACCCGGACUCAUGAUGUCCGUCUCUCCCAUUCCUUCAUCGUCGGCUCCCAUAUCACCUUCGCUGCCCAACCCUCCAUCAACAAGCACCAAUCCUAGCCAGGACACAAGCCCAAUCCCCUCCUUCCAAGGCCCCAAACUCAACAGAAGCACUCAGAGACGCAAUGAGAAAAUGGCCAAUCUCAAUAACAUCAUUCACAGGCUGGAGAAAGCAGCCAAUCGAGAAGAAACGUUGGAGUGGGAGUUUUAAAUUCUUUGUGUCUGUUCUGUGUCUAGACCUUCGUGGCACGCAAGCAGUUGAGGUGGACAUUUUAAGGAGGCUGGCUCUUGAAGAGACCUCAGAUCGAUCGGUCGCUGGAAACACAAAGCGAAACAUGACGCUGAAUUCACCAGAAGAACUUAAAAAUUGAAAAUAUAAUUUAUAAAAGCGUAUUUGCUUUUUUUUUUUGAUAAUGGGUACUACUCCGAAAUAUAUUGGACAGCAGUAGCUGUUGUUUUACGUACUAGACUUGACAUGAAGACUUUUACAGCUAUGGUGUCAUAAAAUGUACACUGGAGUUCUGUAGAUUGCCACUGGGUGAGAUUAAAAAAAGACCCCUGUCUUAAGCCAUUAAAAGCACUAUAACUAUUUGAAAAGGGACUCUGACCAAAUUUGCUACUUUUUGAAUAGUAAUUUUUCAACAUUUGUCUGUGAGACCGGACAGUUUAAGUCAAGUAACAUGAAAUCUUAUUACUGACUGAGGGAUAGUCCUUUAAGACUCUAAAUAUACAACAUCCUGUAUGUACUUAGUUUCUUGGUAAUAUGUUUUAAAAUCUUUGUAACUCACACUUAUAAAAUGUGGUUGUACAUGUUGUAGGGUUGUCUGCAAUAGCCUUCUCUAAACCUGAUGUAGCAUGGUACUCACCUGACCCUGUUAUUCUCUGUAGUUAGUCAUCUGUGAUAAUACACAAGGAAAAAAAGUUGAAAACCUUAAAAAACAAAACAAAAAAAAAACAUAAUUUUAAAUUUAGUACUUCUAUACUUUAAGUAUUUUUUGGGUUAUUUCUUCAAUAAUUGUCCAGGUUUACACUUUAGGGCCCUUAUGCUUUUGGUGGAAAGUGAAAGUUUCACUUUACAUGAGCACAGUUUACCUGUCUUUUUAUUUUAUUUGGUCAAACUUACCUCUUUAAGGCACUGGUUCUCAGACUGUAUUGGGCCAAGACUCUUGGUAUACCUCAGAUUUUGUUAACGCACAUCAUGCUUUGACCACACAUUUCCUUCUUUUACCUAAAACUCUUCCUGGAUUUCUUCGAUUUGGCCGAAGUGAAGUCUUUUCACAUGACACUUCCGCUCUCAGAUCAAUCGUAAAGCAAGACGAGUGGUUUUUCUUAGCAAAAUUGUAGUCUUUAUAUUUUAAAAAACAGUCGCUGUUUGCAGAUACGAGAAGGUAAUGGUUCCUUGGUGCAGUGUGUUUGUGACCCUUUUCACUAGGUAUCACCUGAUUGACCCCUCAGAAUGUGUCAUUUAUCGUGACAUAAAUAAACUGCCCUGGAAAUAACACCUCAUCUUCCAAGAGCUGAAAAGGGAUUUAGGUCAUUAAGUGUGUUGUGUUGAAAAGCAUGGCACAUCUACAAUCCCUCAUCAAAAUGAAAACACUCUAUCAGUAUGUAUACUAUAUUCAAGAGCGCCCUGUCAUAUCUUGGACCACUUGUGUACUUGUGUCUGUAGCUGUUUCUUUGUCAUGCUUGCAGAACGUUCUGUUGUACUUUGCAUUUUAUAUUUCAUACUCAAAACAGCUAACUAGAUAUUCAAUACCUCGUGUAUGAAGUACUUGCAGCACUUAGAUUUUGAUAAUUGUGAGGACUCAAAAAAAAAGAAAAAAAGGCAAAUAUCAACAUUAUCUUAACGUAGUGUCAACAAGUCUUUGCCUUUGAUGUAUUGUUGCAGUUGGUAGAAAACACUUGCACAUGUCUACAUAGUUCAGAGGACUUGGAUUGUAUUAUGUAGAGAAAUAUAUAACACAAUUAUUAAAACAAAUGUCUUACAUUCUUGGGACAAAAUGUGCGGCUUAUAUUAAAAUAGAGUGUACAGAUUUAAUAAACCAAACCCAUUUAAGCCAGUUGGGGUCUGGCAGGCUUGCCCAUGUUUUAGAACUUCUCUCAGGGUAGUCUUGCUUUUUAAAGCUUUAUUGAAACAGUCACUAGUCAGCAGUGAUGGGUAUGAGAAAUGUGUGGUGGAAACAAUGACUCUCUAAUGCUGUAUAUUAACUGAUGAUGUGGAAGUUGAAUAGUUAUUGAAAUUCAAUAUUUCACACUAAAUGCUGGUUACCUAAAGAUUUGUUGCCAUUUUUUUUCCUUUUCAGGGCACAGGUGUUCCAAAGUACAGUGCAGAAAUCCCUAGAAGAUGCUGACGAGUGAAAUCUUUUUUUUAGAUCGGUAGUCUUGCUCGGUAAAACACUGUUCUUGUUUUCUCUGUGAUAAAAAGAUGAUUUACUGCAGGUUUUCUUACUACCAUAUUUUGUGCAUAAUAUACUGUAUGGUUACUGGCAUUUUCUUAUGUAAAAAUGCGUAAGUGGAAAAAAAAAAGAAUUGUAUUUACCUUGACCAUUUUCUUCUCAUGUAAAGCUCAUCUCAUUGUUCUGCAUGCAAUCUAUUCUGGUCAUUUAUGAAAGAAUAGACUGAUUUUUUGUAAUACUGUUCUUGCACAGGGACGUUUAAUCUGCACUUAAGGUCUUCUUGCAUUAGUGAAGUCCAUGCAUGGUGCAGUUGAUAGAUAUGGCUCUCACAAAGUCACGAUUCCAGUAAAACAGGAACUCUAGAACAACCUUGUAAACUUUGCUUCCAGGUUAAUGUUUAAAUCAAGAUUAUUUAGUGCCAUAUCGUAUGCCUCAUACAUUUUUUUUUUGUGUGUUACAAUGUGGUAUGACAGGUUUUUGGACCCUUUUGUAAACCAACUCAGAUAAAGCAAAGCUUUUGUUUUUUAAAAAAAAAAUAUAUUUAUGAUUUCUUCAAUUUUUCUUUAUCUUAUAAUUGACAUUUAGUCACUAAAUCAUGAAGUAUCUUUUCACCAAAAUAUGAUUAACUGUGUUAAAAAGUUGUGCAUUUUUUUCAAAUCUGGCACCAGGGUGCAAAUGAUUAGUUAUUUGACGUGAGCUGAGAGCCGGUAAAGAAGUGCCCUGCAGUUUCCAAGAACUUUGUAAUGCCUCACAUUUACAAAUGUAAUGGAUUAAAGUCUGCCAAGCAUCAUGGAAGUUAAAUUACAUAUGUAAGCCAUCAGUCAAUACAUAUUUGUUUAAGA